CCGGGGCCUGCCCCGCUCCAUGCUAGGGGGGACACUGGAGGAAGGAGGAGAAGAUGGGGGAGGAUCACAGAAGGAGUCCAGGCAGGGUCAGUGACCCUAGCCUGGGGCAGCGAAGGAGAAAAGCCUCCUUGUGUGAAGGGUCCAGCCGGAAGGUUGUGCUCCGUGGGCUGUGCCAUGAAUGGGAUCAAAGGAUUAAAGCGUUAUUUGUGUGGAAGGGCCCUUCUCCUCCUUCAUUUUACAGGCGAGGAAACUGAGACUCGGGAUCUCCAAGCACGAGACCAUGACGCCACCGAGCUUUGCUGGGCCCGCCCCCGAGUGACGCCACCAGGCGCUCGGAUGGAUGCAUCCUAUGGGAACUCCGCGGGUGACGUCAGCACGUCUUUCGCGUUCCCUAGCUCCGCCCCUUUCCCGGACGUAGCGAAACAGGGCCCGAGACGUCAGUGGGCGCGGUGUAUAAGAGCUGGGGAGGCGGAGUGGCCUCAAAGCUAGCCUGACCUAAGAACGGAGUGUCGACACCAGAACCUGAGCUCAAACCCGAAUCCGAGGCCGACCCAGAGCGAGCGCAGCCGCCCAGCCGUCCCGCUCUUGACCGUCAUGAGCCCGAACCCUAGCCCGAGCCCAUCCUGGACGCCCAGAUGCCUGCGGACCUCCGCCCGGCCCCCGUGAUGAAGCUCAGCCCUGCCCCGCCCAGCCCUGACCUGGGAUACCCCACUGGCAUCCUCCUGAGGGGCUCCCUCAGGAACAGCUUGCUGUCUGACCUGCACUUCCUUCUAGCCUGGGUCUGGGCCUGGCUAAGGAGGGUGGGACUCCAGCCCAAGCCUGGAGGAGAAGCAAAGGAAGUGAGCCCCAAAGCUGGAGCCAAGGCCAGAGAGGAUGAGGACAAGGAAAGAGAUGAAGAUGAGGAAGAAGAAGCAGCCAGCCAGCCUCUUUCUCCAGUGUUCACCAGCCCCCUGCUCAGGGCCUGGGCUUACAGACCUGGAGAGGAUGAGGAUGAGGAAGAUGAGGAGGAAGGAGAUGAAGAUGAGGAAGAGGAAGGAGAAACAACAAGCCAGCCUCUUUCUCCAGUGUUCACCAGCCCCCUGCUCAGGGCCUGGGCUUACAGACCUGGAGAGGAUGAGGAUGAGGAAGAUGAGGAGGAAGGAGAUGAAGAUGAGGAAGAGGAAGGAGAAACAAGCCAGCCUCUUUCUCCAGUGUUCACCAGCCCCCUGCUCAGGACCUGGGCUUACAGACCUGGGGAGGAUGAGGAUGAGGAAGAUGAGGAGGAAGGAGAUGAAGAUGAGGAAGAGGAAGGAGAAACAAGCCAGCCUCUUUCUCCAGUGUUCACCAGCCCCCUGCUCAGGACCUGGGCUUACAGACCUGGAGAGGAUGAGGAUGAGGAAGAUGAGGAGGAAGGAGAUGAAGAUGAGGAUGAGGAAGGAGAAGCAGCCAGCCAGCCUCCUCCUCCUGCAGGGCUCACUGGCCCCCUGCUCAGGGCCUGGGACUGCAGACCUGGAGAAGAUGAGGAAGAGGCCAGUGAAGGAGAAGCAGCAGGCAAGAGUGGUUCUGGGCUGCAGCCCUUCCUUGUUUCCAUCUUUGUCCCUGGGGGUGAGCAGCCACCCUCCUGGAUCCCUCCUCAGCUCCCCCAGAGGCUGAAGAGCCGCCUGAGGCCCCGAGGAUGCCCCCUGGAGCCGGAGCUCAAGCCGGAGCCCAAGCCGGAGCCCCUUCCAGGCAGGAAGGUCCGAUUCUCCAGCCAAGUGCAGCUGCACCUCUUGGUGGUUUGGGCAGGUCCUGCCCGCGCUGCCCGCCGGGGGCCGUGGGAGCAGCUGGCGCGCGAUCGGAGCCGCUUCGCCCGUCGGAUUGCCCAGGCGGAGGCUCAGCUUGGCCCCUGCCUGUGCCCCGCCGCGCGUGCCCGCGCCUGGGCCCGUCUGCAAACGCUGACCAUUCCCCCAGAGCAGGGGGCGCGCUAGUCCCACGGCAGAGCCAGCCCCACCCCCAUGGAGCCCCGCCCAUUCCCCCCUUCCUGUUGGGAAUUCUGCCUCGAUUUAAAAGCCCAGAAAGUAGUUCCGGCCCGGGCCGGUCGGACGCUGGGGUGGGGGAUGGGGGUUCCCUUGGUGGAUAGUAAACUUCGGAAAGGUCGGAACUCCUUGGCUGCCCACGUCGGGGUCCGCAGGGCCUCCUCUAGCGGGCUUUCAAUAAAGAUUGCGUGAAAGCA